ACCACCCCCUGCCAUUGCACCCAACGCCCUUAUCCCAUGAGGUGGGCCUGUCAGUGACUGUGUCGCAGGCACAAUUGCCUCUCAUUUUGCCCAUGCACAGACAAGCAUAUACACAUCUAAGCAGAGCAACAUGUUUGGUACCGUUGUUGUUGGGAUUGGAAUCACAGGAAGAGUGAGGAUCCGGGACCUCCUCAGUCCACUGCCAUCCAGUGCCUCUGAGAAGAUGAGCAUCAAGGGUUUUGUAUCCAGGAGGACACUGGACAACCAGCAGGGUGUGAAACAGAUCACCCUAGAAGAGGCCCUUGACAGGGAGGAUAUUCAAGCAGCUAUCAUCUGUACAGAAAACAUAACCCAUGAGGAAUACAUCAGAAAAUUCCUUGAUGCUGGAAAACAUGUCUGUGUAGAAUAUCCAAUGAGCUUGUCAGUGGCAGUUGCUCGAGAACUCUGGGAUCUUGCUGAUAGGAAGGGAAAGGUCCUGCAUGAAGAGCACAUUGAGAUCCUGACAGCCGAUUACAAGCAGCUGAAGAAGGAAGUGAGUGGGAAGGAGCUUCUCGAGGGGACUUUACACUUUACAGGGGGCCCCUUUCAGCCAGGGUUUGGUUUUGCCUCCUUCGGUGGGAUAGCACGUCUGACCUGGCUGGUAGACCUUUUUGGAGAGCUGACUCUCACAGCAGCUGAAAUGGAGGAACAGAAAGAGAACAAAUAUAUGAAAUUAACAGCACAGUUUCUAACCAAGGAAAAGAGGCCGCUGACCUGGAUUGAGGAAAGAGCCCCGGGAUUAGGCCGUGUGAAAAACAUUAACUUCCGAUUUGAUUCUGGAACCCUUGACCACAUUCCCAAUGGUCCACAGGAACCGGUGGGUCUCUUCAUGCAGGACCUCAAUUGGUUUGGUGAGAAACUUCUGGGACAGGUCAACUCAGAACAGCUUCAGGUGGAACGUAGGCGCAUCCUCCACUGUCUGGAAUUGGCUGACAGGAUCAAGGAGCUGUGCCAGAAGCCUGCCCAGAACAACUUCUAGAGAGCAGAAAGUCUAUCUUACAGAAGACACGAGUGAGUGUGGUGGGAAAAUUACAUCUCAUGCAAUUUCUGUACUAACCUCUGAGCUGUUUGUUCAUGUGUUUGUUUAGCCUGUGUGACUUAAAAAGGGAUUAUACCAAUGUAAUAAGAAGUUUGAAGUUUAUUUAGUAAAUAAACUGCUAUAGUCUA